UCCAGUUGCACGGUGUCCUACAUUCAUUUUUUUUUUACUUCCUGCUGUUACAAAUGCAGCAAUGGCCUUACCGCGGUGGAUUUGCGUCUUUCUAAUAAUCAAACUAGGAUAUUGUUAUGUAAAUCUAAGCAGAAAAAAAGGAACAGUAGCUUCUCAAAGCUCCACACACGAGGGGGCAUUUCCAGCGAGUAAAUCCAUUGACGGAAAUAAAGGCCAGACAUACAGAGAGUGUUCACAAACAGCUCUAGGACACUCCAUAGCGUGGUUCCAAGUCGACCUUGGAGGCGAAUAUAGUUUGGAAUCUGUGAAAAUAUACUACAGAAAUGAGACUAAUUGGCCUCCAUACCGAUUUCGCCAGUUCUACUUAGAUGUAUCAAACAAAUCGGCGGACACCACUACAACCUUAACGUCACAGAGAAAACGCUGUUACAAGGACAACACAACCGCCCCGGCCACGCCUCCAGCCGUGAUUGACAUUCCUUGUAAAGAGACGGCGAGAUACGUCAUCGUGCAGACCACGUAUGAUGCCCCCGAAGAUAAUAUCUUGAAAGAGAUUGGAGCUGUGCUGGAGAUUUGUGAGAUAGAAAUGUAUGGCUGCAGUGUAGGGAGAUAUGGAGAAUCAUGUUCACGUUGUCAAGGUUGUUCAACAUGUGACAUCAUUAGUGGGGCGUGUCCUUGCAGUGAUACCUGUGUAAAUGCUGCAUGCAAUCCAUCUAAUGGAUACUGUACCGAGGGCUGUAUCACGGGGUACUGGGGAAAUACGUGUAAGUCACAGUGUAACCAACACUGCAUAUGAAACAC